GGGGCCUCGGGGAAUGUUGACGGUUUAACGAAGUUCCACGUCCUGUUUGUAGCAGCUGGGAGCACGCACUGGGAGCGGCCGUGGACACGACCCCAGAAAUGAGACCUCCUGAGACCUCCUGGACCCUGAAAUGUUUCCCUGGUUUACCUGAAAUCGUCCACAGGGGGGCGAAGCAGACCUGCAGACCAGCUGGAGUCCCGCCCUGUAAACACACAGAUCAAUAGUCCUCACCACCACACCCUGAACACACACACACCUGACUCCCACCAGGACCAGGACAUCAAAGACUAAAUUCUUCCUACGGACACAGAGUCUUCUCUACUACCUGCACCUGGUCUGAGAGGACCUGGUCUGAGAGGAGCCAGUCUGAGAGGACCUGGUCCAGGAGGACCUGGUCCAGGAGGAUCUAGUCUAGGAUGAGUGUGAUCAACAGGAAGAGUGUGGGGGUGGUCCUGCUGUCAGCUCUGCUCUUGGGAGUUCUGUACUGCUACAUGUACCAGCCCAACAGGGUCUUCGGGGACGUUGGUGUCAGACGAGAGAACGGCAGACCUGGUGAUGAUGACAUAGCUGCCAGUAAUGACCUCCACCUGGUGGCUCCUGCUCAUCUGCAGUACAAACAGCCGAGCAUCAUUCACGGCCGUGGCGACGUGGUGACAGUGACUCCCUGGUUGUCUCCGGUUGUCUGGGAGGGAACCUUUAACGCGGUUCUACUCGACAGCAUCUACAGGCCGAAGAACAUCAGCAUUGCCGCCACUGUGUUCGCUGUUGGAAAGUACAUCAAGUUCCUGAAAGACUUCCUGGAGACGGCCGAGCAGCACUUCUUCGUUGGUUUCAAGGUGCACGUUUACGUGUUCACUGACCGGCCGGACGAGGUGCCCCGAGUCCGGAUGGCGGCCGGCAGACAGCUGACGGUGCGUCCGGUGCCGAGCUCGCAGCGCUGGCAGGAGAUCUCCGCCCGCCGCAUGGAGCUGAUCCAGCUGCUGAUCGAGGAGCAGCCGCGCCGCGCCAACAGCUAUAUCUUCUGUCUGGACGUAGACUCCAAGUUCCACGGCCGCUGGGGGACCGAGUCCCUGGGAGGAUUGGUCGCUGUGAUCCAUCCAGGUUACUACAGGGACGACCGCAGCAGGUUUCCCUAUGAGCGGAGGCCGGCCUCCAGAGCACACCUGGCUGCUGGCGAGGGGGACUUCUACUACUGCGGGGGGGCCUUCGGAGGACUCCUGCAGGAAGUACACCAGCUCGCCAAAACCUGCCGCGCCAACUUCGAGGACGACGCCAAGGAAGGCAUCGAGGCCGCCUGGCAGGAGGAGAGUCACCUGAACAGGUACAUGUGGAUCAACAAGCCCAGUAAGGUGCUCUCACCUGAGUACCUGUGGCAGGACUUCAAAUCCAGAAACCCAGAAAUUCAAAUCAUCAGAUUCUCUGGAGUCAUCAAGAACUACGCUGAGAUCCGACCCAACGUCUGAGAGUCUGGACUAAUUCGGACUGAACCGUAUUGACCUGGACUGAACCGAACUGAACUGUCACAUGGUGUCAGGACAAGACCCGUCCCCCUUCCAGUCUCAGGACCUUCAGCUGACGUUAUAACGUCUACUGAGCAUGUGCUGCUUUAAUUUACCUGUGACUCUCUUACGUCUCUUUUUAAAAAAUAUCGUACGCACUUAACUAUGACACUCAGGUGACCUACACUCAACUACCUGAACACAUCACUACUGAUGAAAGAACCCGACUAUCUGAAGGAUUUGGUCCUCCUACUGCGACUGAGGGAACAUUCAUUUCAUUACAGAAAUCAGAAACAUUAGAACACUUUAUUUGAGCUUCAUUUAUCCACAGACAGCUCAGUUAACAAUGGAGACACAAAAAGAAAAUACUUUUUUAGUCCUAGUUUAGUAUAAAAACAAAGAGAAAUCCAAACAUCUGCAGUGUCACUGAAUCAUCCUUUAAAAGCUCCAGAUUCCUCGAGGCUCGGAGCUGGCCCUCAUCUGGAACCAGUUCUUGGUGUUUGGAUGGCCAAAGGACCAGGGGCCUCAUGUAUCAAAGACCGCGUAGCUUUCAUACUGAAAGAUGGCGUACUCCCAAAACUAGAAAAGUACGUACGCAAACUCACCUCCACGUGUAUCAAACUAUGCUUACUCCAGGUUCAGCGCACCUUUCCGUGACACAUCCCAACCAACUGAGCGCACAUGCACGAGCCACCAACCACGCACCAGCUCCUCCCGAAAAUGAAUGCGCAAAUGACAUGCAAAUAUAAAUCGCCGGCAUGCCCACUGAUUAUCGACAAAACAACGGCAAAUCAACUUACUGCCACUGCGCACGAGGUGGACUAGGUGAUCUCUGGGUUGGAGGCAGGAAAAAUGAGCUUUUUGUUGCCUCAGCUCUGGGAUCAGUAACAAGGUGUCACUGUGGCUGUUAACGCAGCUGGAUCAGAGACCUGCACCAUGGCAGAAGGGUCCCUCAAAACACGCUCCUUCUGAACGCCACCGUUAUUGAAUUCAGUCAGAGCCAUUCGGUAUAAAAAUAGUGGAAAUAGCAGAAUAUAUAGACUUAAGAAAAUAUACAGUCUUAACAUCAAAACAUAUAGACUUCAACAUACAAUCAUUGCACAAGUCAGCAGCAGUACGCAGGUGAAGUCUAAAAUAUGAUAAUAGAUGAAAAAAAAAAAAAUCUAUCCCCUCAUAUAUAGAACGGAUUAUUGAUGGUGAAAAAAAGGCAUUUUCCCCUCCAUU